UUUCGCUGCACGUUGGAUGCUGCCUGAAUUGCUGUGCUCUUCCAGCACCACUGAUCCAGAAUGACCAAUGACUGAUCACCAUGACAACUUCCAGCGUUCCUUGCCCAAAGUAACCCACAACAAUCCGCUCUGAUCGCUCUCCACCAACCGCCAGAUGCGAAACUGAUGACGUGUUCGGAUUGGGCGGGGUUAAAAGCGACACAUGCGCAGACGUGGACCCCACCACGCCACUGUCUGGCGCCAGAAUUCAAAAGUCGACCUUUGACCCGAUUGUUUUUUUCUCCCCCCGUGUCUCGAGAAGGAACUGACCUGAAGUUUAUCGUUUGUAGGUUCUGUUAAAGUUCAGGGGCGGGGAAACAAAAUCUCGCUGGGUGAUUAUUGGACCAGUAUGGAUGAAGAAACACGCAGCCAGUUCCAGCGCGUAGCUGGUCGACUUGGUUGGACAGAACAUGGUGAUUUGAAUGCCAUUGAAGCACAGCUUCAAGAAAGAAUCACAAAAUCCUUGCAAAGUAAUCGUAAAGAUACCACAACAAAUCUGGAGUCAGAAUCAGGGGAGAGUCCAAAUACCUAUGAUUCGUGUGUAUGCAAACUGUUAUUGUCCAGUUCUGAGGACGAGGCUGAAUCGCGGUCAGAGAUUACUCCGGAAAGCUGGCAAGAAGGACCUGAUGAUUGUGCAUGGACAAAGAAAACGUGUGAGAAGCCACAGAGUCACCAUGGAGCCAUAGUAAUCUCAGAUUUCAGUGACAGUGAUUUAGAGACCUGUGUUCUCUCUAAUGUUGUUCAAAAGAAGGCAUUAAACUUAGACUUUAAAGCAAGAAGGACCUCAAAGACCAAGAAUAUAAGAUCAUCUGAACCAAAUACAGAUUCCAGUGGUGAUGAAGAUUAUGAAAAAUUUCUAGCGCGAGUAAAGACACCAAAAGUGCAACCAGAAAGAUACAGAGCUUGGAGGGAAAAUGAUGACAGUCUUAAAGACUUCAUUGUGAGUGAUGAGUCCUCUUUCGACGAAUUGGAUAUAAAUUUGACUGUGGAGAAAGAGCACAGCGCUCAUAUUGGACUCAUGGGCUCAGAAGGUGGUAGUAGCUCAAAUCAUCCCACGAACGCCAAAAAAUUAAAUGAACUGUCAAAUCCAUCAGAUACAUCAAGCGAUGAGUUUGAGUCACUUUUACAAAGGAUUAAAAGCAAAACACAGAGAGAUCCAAAUCUAAUUUCCAGCAACUUGAAUGAAAGAAUGGCUAAUACUGAGCCAGUGAAACAAAAACCAAGUUUUAACACACUGGAAGUGAAGCGCAAAUCUAGGGACAAGAAGAAUUUUGUUCCGAUCUCUACCCAGCCAUCAAAAUCUGUGAAAAGUGUUCUAUCAGAACUAACUUCAUUGAACCAAGUAUCAGACUUUAAUCUAUCGAGUGUUUCUGAGUCACAAUCUCAACGUCCAGUAUCGAGACAGUGCCAAAUACCUUGCUGUUUCCUUCAGGACUUGACUCUCAGCUCGUCAAAAUAUGUAAAAAAUUUCAAACAAAAUCGUGAGGAGUUAACUCAAGAACUCUAUAAUUUAUACAAUAAGAGUGUUUUUCAGCAGAAGCUUCCGGAGAAGUUGGUGAUAACCUGGAAUAAGAAAAUGCGAAAAACUGCUGGAUAUUGUGUUACUGGACAGAAACGAGAUGGUGCUGUCAAACGCUAUGCCAGAAUCGAAUUGUCAGAGAAAGUUUGUGAUUCAGCUGAACGUCUGCGGGAUACGUUGAUUCAUGAAUUGUGUCAUGCUGCUACCUGGCUUAUUAAUAACGUUCGUGAUGGACAUGGACCAUUUUGGAAGUUGUAUGCACAGAGAUCUAUACUUGUCCACCCAGAAUUACCAAUGGUUACACGCUGUCACACAUAUGAAAUAAAUUACAAGUAUACUUAUCAGUGCAACAAGUGCAAAAACACGAUUGGGCGACAUUCCAAAUCAUUGGAUACACAGCGUUUUGUCUGUGCUUUAUGUACUGGCCCUCUUGUUCUAUUAACAAAGCUGUUAAAAGAUGGCACACCUGCCAAAAAGGAUCUAGCGCCAUUUGCUAAAUUUGUGAAGGAGAACUACAGCUCAGUCAAGAAGGAGUUUAAGGGACUUCAACAUGCUGAUGUCAUGCGGCAACUAAGUGCAGACUUUGCAAAGAAGACGCAGAUAACUGAUUUCUAAAUGUUCUUAGCAAUUUAAUCUCUUUUGAAGAUCUGAGGAGAUAAACUAAUUCUAUAACAUUGUAAGUUUGAGAGUCCACCAGGCUAUAUGUUGACCAAAACUAAAAAUUUAUUAUUUUUUUUCCUGCAAGGGAAGAAGCAUUUUGUUGCUAAAAAUAAAACUGUGUUACAGAAAUUAUUCCAAUUAGAUGUAUUAAAUAUUUACAGUUCCACCUAACACACUGAUCUCUUGGAAAUAAGAGUUCUUCUUGAACAUCUUCCAGACAGGUGUCCAAUUUUUGAUGCACCAUGAAUGUUCUGCUUAUGCUCUAGUUGACGAAGAAAGCAUGCAAUAGUAUGUUACCUCAAAGUGUGGUUACUUGAUAAGACUAUGAAGAACGGGACUGAGGGGUCUGUUGUCACUUUUUGUGACCGUUUCUUAACUGUAUCUUUGAUAUGAAAAUGGACAGAGUCAUCUAUUUCUGCAACAGUAAGAAUCCCACUUGAAAUUAACUUGGGGCUGUUUUAAGAGUUUUCAGCUGCUUCAAUCUACAGAGUACAAAUUAGCAUCUGGUUUCUGUGAAAAUUUAUUUUGCACUUGCAGCAUUCUGAAAUUUAACUUUUUGCAUUCAUAAAGCACUGUAAAGGGAGCUGUAUCUGGUAAUAAUCUUUUGUACUUAAUCUGGGAAUAUUUAGUGCCAACAAGCAGUGAUCUUGUUCAGCUGUAGCAAAAAAUGUCUAACGAAGCCCAAGUGAAGUUUGAAUAAUGUUGUAAAGAAUGUUGCAUAGAAUUUGCUUUCAUGAGGCACAAUGGUGGUGAUCGAAAGGGAUAUUGUAGAUUUUUCCAUUUAACUUUGACAAAUUGGCUUAUUGUUGUGACAGGUUUGUCUCUGGCCUGACCACUACAGUAUUGUUUUAAAAUAGAAAGAAUGAUAUUAAUUUCAUUUAUAAAAUUACCUUCUGGUGUUUCUCAAACACAACAAAAUACUUCAAACAGUAAAAUACGUUGAAGUGAAGACAGUUGCCUUGUGUAGGCAAACACAGUUGCCACUUUGCACAACAAAACCCCAUAGUUGUUUCCUAUUUUAGCCAUAUUAAACUUAUCCAGGUUGGCUAUAUUUGGCCUAAUACUAACUCUUUUAUAAAGUUGAAAAUUACAUGACAUCAGGCUAUAGUCCAACAGAUUUAUUUGAAAAUAUAAGCUUUCGGAGGGCUACUCCACAGAUGAGGAGCAGUGCUCCGAAAGCUUAUAUUUUCAAAUAAACCUGUUGAACAAUAACCUGGUGUCGUGUGAUUUUUAAUUUUGAUCACCCCAGCCCAACACUGGCACCUCCACAUCCUAACUCUAAAAUGGCAGAUGUUGGUUUGGGUUUUAGGACAUUCUUUAGUAAUGUAUUGCACUAUUUGUUAUAUACAGCUAUUCUGUAAAGGACUUUUAUAAUUUUCUGUUUCUUGUUCAUAUCAUGGUCUCCUGUAGCAAUUUCUGUAUUGGUUUGGAGAGUUUCUGGAAUAUUGAACUCUGAUGUUCAAUAAUGACCUCUUUCGUAACUUAUGCAAUAGUAACAAAACUGACCUGUACUGCUGGUCCAGUGUAAAUGCUAAUUGUGAAAAAUUCUUUUAAGCAUUUUUGAGUAAUUGGGACCUCUGGUCAAUUUAGCCUUAUCAUUAUGACUCUGAAUGUUUGCAGAAAAAUUAUUAUUAAAAAUUGCUGACUUCCUUAGAACAAUAUUGCACCUGAUGUGAACAAGGUAUUAAAGGCAACUCUUGGACUGCAUCUGUUUAGGGGAUGUUGCAAGUAUUGCUCUGUGUAUUUCCAUUAAAGAAAUUUAUAAAUUUAGAAUAGCUGUCUGAAAUGUAGCAUUUGCCAAACUGUAUCAGGUUAAAUAAGUUGGUAGUGAUACAUCCUAGUUUCAUGAGUUCAGAUGAAAGGGUAAAGGGUAAGAGAAUUAACACAAUCUAUACACUGGAUGUUUAAAUCUGUGGACCAUUAAACAUCAAAUCACUGCCCUUGAAUGAGGUUCUUUAGUGCUGCUUUUCACUUUUGACCUAUAAAUCCUGUUAAACCUUCAUUACUUGUGUUUAUAUGGUAAAAUUUGAGUUUAUUGUGUGAACUGAUUUUGUCAAAUAAAGUUCAAGAAUACCUCCAUUGAUAUUCCUUCAAAUAA